AUUUUAGCUGAAACCAAUUUUUUAUAGGAAAUUUUGUGCCUUAAAAAAGUUAUUACUCCUAUAUUUAAUCUAUUUGUCUUUUGGCCAAUGUGUCAAUAAUGUCAAAAAUCAAAAGUGAAGUAAUGUUGGAAAUGCCCCCUCCCCAUCCUUAAACCUCCCUUUAAACGUGUCAUUUGAUCUUCUAUUGUCUGGCGUUUCUGCUGCGUGGUGGGCGAUGCUUCUUCCUCUUUAAUGUGAAAACAGCGAGUGGGCUGCGGGAGAGCUGUGGAGAGGAGAGCGCAGAGGGAUGGGGCGAGGCGCGCCAGAAGCUUUUAGUAUGCGCUGCAAUGCCCAACUGCAGCUCACGCUUCUCAUGUGGUGAAUUAUGGUGAUCUAUGAGAGGAACAGCCGGCAGCUCAAAAACAGUCAGUCGUGAUGAGAUGACACAGCCGCUGCACUGAUUAGUCAAAUAAGGGGAGCGCAGGGCUCAUAAGACGGAAUAGACCAAGGACUUGAAGGCAACUUAAAAGAAGAAAAAAACUGGAUAAAAUACACACGCCUGCGCAACAAGAGAACCGCGGUGAAUUCCUGCAUGUCAUAACCAUGUGAAAUAAUGCUGUAGUCCGAAGGAUGUUGCUAUGCUGCUUUGUUUAGUGCAUGGACUGUGGUGUGGCUGCACAUAGUCCACACAGUAAAGGGCUGCAAAUGGCUUGAGCAUGUUUUGCACCUGCUGUUUCAAACUAUCUAACUAUUCCCAGUGCAUGGAUUACUGACUUAUCUCAAUAUUGUUAAAAAAGAAAAAAAAAUCCACUUAUUAAGAUUAUCAUUGCAUAGCUGUAAUUAAGCUGCAAACAAAAACAUCACUGAUAUUUAAGUCAAAUAUUGUGGAAUGUAAGUGUUGCUGCUGCUUGUUUUAAAGCUCAAUUCAAACCUUUAAAAUGAUCCCCAAAGGUGAUAGAAAUCUGCUGAAUCUGAUAAUGCUGUCGGCAGCGCAGCUUCCACGCUCUCUGUAAGCGUCUGCAGAUCGCAGAGCAUCUUUGCUGUUACUGCCCGAGGCAACAUUAUGUUUUGGACAGGGGUGUCAAAUGUUGCUGAAGAUAGCAGUUUUAGCCCGGCUUUGGAAAAUCCCUUCUCCCGUGACUGUCUCUACCUGUGGCUGCAUCGCAAACACGCUCGUCGUCAUGCAGCGUUGGGAGGUAGAAAAAGACACAUCUAGCAUCCUCACACCUUGUUCCCCUCCUGUGUUCACUGCCGCUUUGCUGUAAAAGCUGUAGCCGAUUCAUGACAGACAGGCAGGAGCUGCUUUGGCUGGAGGGGCUUGAGACUUUGGAGCGGACACUUUAGCUAAAAACACUCCUAUAUUUCUGUAGGAGAUUUAAACCUUAAUCAAAAAAACUGUUCACUGCAUAAAAAGUGUUAUCAAUACAGUAUUAAUAAUUCUAAAAAAUAGUUUCAUUCUCCACUUUAUGCCAAAACUCUCAGCAUUUUUAAUAGACUUGGUGCGGUGUUGUUCUCAUCCUUGAAGGGAAUGCUGUUCACAUCACAGACAGAGAAUGUUUUCAUGUGAGAGAGUGUGGAGCACUCAGCUUCUAAUUAAAUUUGUUGGUUGGAAAUGCACCCUGUGAGAGAAGAUACAGUAAUUCUUGCAACAGAAAUGAGCUUGCAGGGCGCUCACAUGAGUGGAAACCCAUAACCUCAUAUACACAGACACAAAGGAGCCAGCUAGCUGUUUUGAACAUCACUCCUCUCUACUGUCAGAUCAGCCUACAGCUGGAAGCGUGGAGCCUUCAGUUCUUCUUGGCCAAGCGUGGCUCCACCCAGUCUGAAAGCUGUAUGCCACAUAUCCUUCCACUAUGACUGUUGCCACAAGCGACCCUAUGGAUGAAGCAGCUGCACAUCCAGGUCAGCCUCAUGACCAGUAUGGGUCGGAGCCGGACCAUGACUGUUGUGAAAGGGUCGUCAUCAAUAUCUCAGGUUUACGCUUCGAGACUCAGCUCAAGACCCUUUCUCAGUUCCCUGAAACCCUGUUAGGGGAUCCGAAGAAGAGGAUGAGGUAUUUUGACCCUCUAAGAAACGAGUACUUCUUUGAUCGUAACCGACCAAGUUUCGAUGCUAUACUGUACUAUUAUCAGUCUGGAGGUAGGCUGCGUCGACCCGUCAACGUGACCCUAGACAUUUUUUCCGAGGAGAUCCGCUUUUAUGAAUUGGGAGAAGAGGCUAUGGAAAUCUUCCGGGAGGAUGAAGGUUUCAUUAAAGAGGAGGAGCGACCACUGCCGGAGAAUGAGUUUCAAAGACAAGUAUGGCUUCUGUUUGAAUACCCAGAGAGCUCAGGUCCAGCUCGAAUCAUUGCCAUCAUCUCGGUCAUGGUGAUCCUGAUCUCUAUUGUCAGCUUUUGUUUGGAAACACUGCCAGUUUUCCGAAAUGAAGAGGAUCCGUAUUCUCCAUACCAGUUCAUGUCCAACUCAACCACUACGUUUGAUAGUUCUACAUAUUUUACAGAUCCUUUCUUCAUUGUGGAGACCCUCUGCAUCAUCUGGUUCUCAUUUGAGUUCCUAGUGCGGUUUUUUGCAUGUCCAAGCAAAGCCGGAUUUUUUGGCAACAUCAUGAACAUCAUAGAUAUUGUCGCAAUCAUUCCGUACUUCAUCACUCUGGGCACGGAGCUCGCAGAGAGGCCGGAGGACGGUCAGUCGGGCCAGCAGGCCAUGUCUUUGGCUAUCCUUCGUGUCAUACGAUUAGUACGAGUGUUUCGGAUCUUUAAGCUCUCUCGUCACUCCAAGGGGCUCCAGAUUUUGGGACAGACUCUUAAGGCCAGUAUGCGUGAGCUGGGUCUUCUCAUCUUCUUCCUGUUCAUUGGCGUAAUCCUCUUCUCCAGUGCCGUCUAUUUUGCAGAAGCGGAUGAGAAACAAUCCCAGUUCUCCAGUAUUCCUGAAGCUUUUUGGUGGGCAGUCGUUUCCAUGACCACCGUAGGCUAUGGAGACAUGGUGCCUACAACCAUUGGAGGAAAAAUCGUCGGGUCUCUCUGUGCAAUUGCUGGUGUGCUGACUAUUGCCCUGCCUGUGCCCGUCAUUGUGUCAAAUUUCAACUACUUUUACCACAGAGAGACAGAGGGUGAAGAACAGGCACAAUAUCUCAAUCUCCCAAUGGUACCCAAAGGCAGCUCAGCCGAUGAUCUGAAGAAGAGCGGCAGUGGAUCCACCCUCAGUAAGUCUGACUACGUGGAGAUCCAGGAGGCUGUGAACCACAGCACCGAGGACUUCAGACCAGAAGGCAUGAAAACAGGAAACUGCACCUUGGCCAACACCAAUUACAUAAACAUCACUAAAAUCCGUACAGAUGUAUAAAAUGAGCUAAACUGAUACAUUUUAUCAGGUAGUAGCAGGAGGAUGAGCCUUCCUCAGCUGUCCAAAGUGUGGUGCCUAAUAUGGGAGAAAUGUGCUGAUCCAGAGUGAGAUCCACUCAAACGAGGGGAGAGGAACCCACGUUUCCUUUUGUCAUGAGGAAUAACUGUUGCAGAUGUGGGAUAACUGCCACUUGUCUUACUACGGACAUUGUCAAUGUAUGCAUGGAGUUGUUCUUUCAGUACACGCAGUAUGUGACAGUAGUUGUUCUGCUUGUAACAGUAGCCAAAUUGUAGCCACUCCAGUAAAACUAACAACAUAAAGGGACCACUAGUUUUGCAUAGAAUUGAUAAAAAAGACCAACUAACUUUGUUUCUUAAUACAAACUGUAGGCACAACGUAACUACUUUAACUGCCAUAGAGAUAAGAAAGUAAAUAAAUAAUUGCACCUGCUCUUAUUUUCUAGAACUAGAAAAAAAAUCUGCAUUAUUAAAGACAGGCCAGCUUAAUGAGAUGAACACUAUCUCCUAACUUAAUGUUCGGAUGUCUUUGGAUGACUUUAGUUCUGAUCAUUAUUUUUAAGAACAUUUUUAAAAUCGCACUUCAAUCAUCUUGUGAUUUAUUUCAAAAACGUUCCCAGUAGUCUAUUAAUUAUGAUUAUGAAAACUGAAAACUGUGUUGUUUUCUGGGACAUAAU